UCUUCAAUUAGCCAAUGAAUUACCUCAAACAAUGGACCGGAGUAGGCGCACUACAAACCAUGUAUUAAUAUUUCAGUAAGUCGAGACCGAAUCCUACUCCCUUAUUUCGCUAUGGCUACUUCAUAUUAGUAUACUAUGGUCACGUUUCAAGACACUGAUCAAAAUGAUUUAGUAUGACCAUCCACACUGCCAUAUUAGACAUAUUUCGUCCGUUCAUUGCAUCGGAACAGCAGCACAGAUUCAGAUCCUAUCUCCCACAGGGGGCUUCGCCAACCUCAAUAUUUGCGGCAUCUGUAAAACAGCUAAAAAGUCUGAUCUUCGAAUAUACGUACCAAUACCAACCCACUCAGUACAACCAAAUGUUUCCCGAUUCCAUCUUAUACGCCGCGAACGCCGUUCUCCACGACAGGCUCGACCCAGAGCGACGUCCGUACUUCUUCUUCUACAUGCAGUUGUUCCAUGUAUUUGGGUCUAUGGGCGGGGGUAAAGCUGUCAAUGUGACGAUGCAGGCUCUUUUAGCGAUUGCACAUGACAAAGGUGCAAUAAGCAGCACGGAAGCUACUCAGUUUACAGAGCGAUUGAAGGAUGAGACCUCCCCCAAAGAAAAUGAGGUUGUCAAAACGGAACAUGGAUGGACAGUUGAUAUGGAUCAUGCUAUUGCAGGCACUGCAGCUGCCAACGUUGACCAGUUGGCACACAGGUUUGAAGAGAUUACGUUAUUCAAUGAGUUCACGGAAGGUGUGGUGUAAAUCUUUGAGGAAAGGUAGACAGGUGGGCUAUGCCUUUCUCAACUGAGGUUGGUCCAACUGCGUGUCUCUGAGGCAAAAGAAACGGAGGAUAAGUAAGUUUCAGAUAUUUCGCUUUGUAAGAGAGUUGUGCGAUGGCUUGAAUAGACAAGUUCGCUCUGUAAGAGAACUUGAAGUAGCG